CCAUUAUCGUCAGAUCCCCCCAUCGUCAGAUUCCCAAUCCCCAAUCCUCAAUCCCCAACCCUCAACAACUGCAACUCCUUUUCACGCACUGCACGCACGGCGACCUUUCUCAUCGCACGACCGUAACGCUGACGCCAAAACCAGCGAAUGACAAGCGCCCGUGGCUCAUACCCGCCAAACUCCCACCACUCCCUCGCAGCGAACCAGUCACAUCGUAAUCUCUAGGGGAAAGUCCCAAUAUAGCAGAGAGACCACUACCACUACCACUGCUACCACUACCAUUCUUGUUCUUUUAUCCUGCCCCUCCAUACCAUACUUUGCCCUACCCUACCUGCCCUACCCUACCCAGCGAUACCCUAUCCAGCCUUCGUACUUCUACCAUAUCCUACAGCACCAACUGCUGCACCCGUACCAAUACCGUCCUUCUUCCUCCCUCGCACGCGAACCGCUCCGCUUCACUGCCUACACUACGACUCUACUAAAACUACCCACGGCUUGGAUGGAUUGACGACCGGCCUCGACCUCAAUCCCAAUCACAUCCAUCCACCUGCACAUCCAACAUCCCCGUCCUCAACCAUCAUCACCACUACCACUACCACCACCACCACCCGACACCGCGAGAGCAUCGAAUUCGCUGCCACCAUGAAUUGAGGCAGCUGUGCGUGACUGACCAACAUCACGAUGCUCAUGACAAUCCGAGCUAACGGCAUAUUUCCUGACCAGACGCAUACGCAUACGCAUACGCAUACGCAAACAUUCGACAGCAACUACACUCCCAUAUCGAGUCAUAUCCCCGAAUCAGUCGUACAAUACACCGAGAACAGUCCGCGACAAUCUCCAUCGCCCCUCCGAACACAAAACGACUCCUCUUCAACCUCCGCUCACGACCCUUCCGCACCAAGACAAAGAUCUAGAGUUUCGGUAAGGCGCAGAUCACCGCCUGUGAUGAACGGGCUUUUGGGAAACGCGCCGCAGCCGGUGAUGUACGUGCGGGCGCUUUAUGACUACGAGGCCGAUGAUCGUACAAGCUUGAGCUUCCAUGAAGGAGACGUGAUACAGGUUAUUACACAGUUGGAAAGUGGUUGGUGGGAUGGAGUGAUUAAUGGAGUUCGAGGCUGGUUUCCCAGCAAUUAUUGUCAAGUGAUUGCGAACCCAGAUGACUCGUUGGAAGGCCACCAAAAUGGUUCGAGAGGGAACACGGAUGAUGAAGGGCUAGAGGACGAAGAAUCAGAGGAUUACGGUGAUCAAUAUGACGACGAAGAAGGCGAAGGCGAUUCGGAACGGGACGAUCAAUCCCACCUGCCGAUGGAAGGAACCGCCAACGGGAUGAGCAAUGAACACACGAGAGCCGAUUUCUGGAUUCCACAGGCUACUCCUGAUGGGAGACUCUUCUACUUCAAUACCGAAACGGGUGAGAGUAGUAUGGAGCUACCUCUAGAAUCGCCUUCAUCUGCCAACGAGAACGGACCUCGGCAUCGGAUGAAUGUUAACAUUCCAGAGAAAACGAGACCGCCACCUGAGGUGAUGGCACGAGGCUACGUGCAAGAUGAAGAUGAUGAGUCGGAAGGAAACUCUGCAUCGGAAUUGGAAGGAGAAAAUUUGAUGCUAGCGUCUCAAAGCUCUAUGGUAUAGUGAUUCGCUAAGUCCUAAAAAAACACAGUUGCUAAUAACAGGACAGCCAAGAAAAAGACGUUCAAGGGCUUCCGAUGGCAUAUCGCCAGCGGCUUCUAUGGACUCGAUCAGUGACACUUCUCCUGGCUCCCGAGCACGCGCAGACCCAUUCACCAAUUCCAAUCUAGCCAUGUCGACUUCGAUGCCUACCAUAGGUCCCUCCGCGACUUCUUUUACAAACCCCGCACUUGGUCCCCCACUCGCUGCUACGCUGCCUCGAUCGUUCUUCGACGACGGUUCAUCAGCUCCACUGACAUGGAAUAGACUAGUAGCCAACAUGAAGAGGGCAAUUGACCGAUACCGGGAAUCUAUCAUUAAUGGUGAUAGAUCGGAGUAUGUACGCCGUGCGGAAGACAUAUCUGAUCACCUUCGGCUACUUCUCGCCGCUGGGUCGGGGACAACAGAUAAUCACUCUGGCCAGCCGUCCAUCAUUUCGACCAACAAAGCAUUAUACCCCCAUUUCCGAGACAUGAUGUCCAAGUUUUCUAAAUUGGUCAUUUCUUCACAUAUUGCCGCUGCAGAUUGGCCCAAUGCGGAAUCAUACCAAAAAUGCCUUCAAGAAGCAGAUGGGGUCUUGCAAGGUGUUUUUAGCUACGUUGAAGUUGCAAGGCAACAGCGGGGGGAAGAUAUUCCCAGACUUCUACCUGGUUUUGUGAUUGGAAGCACGACUGGUGGCAGCUGGCAUAAUAAUGGACUUGGAUCUCGGAACCCCCUCAAUUCCAAUUUCCUCCACGAAGAGGAAGCUCAACAAGAACCUUCUGCGAUGCUGGAUUCGAAGUUAUUGGACCGCCUUGAUGAAUUAAAACGCAUGUUAACUGUGAGCAUCAGAAAGUUGGAGGAACAUCUUGUGGUGACUGACAAGAUCAUAACGCCUUAUAAGCAUGAGCUCAUAGGAAAUAAUGUUUGCUCAUCAGCGAAAAAAGUGCUGGAAACAUUUAAACCUUGGAUCUCGGCGAUUGAAUCAGUCAAUCUUUCGCCACUCGGGAAUGCUUUCCAAAACCCUCAAUUGGUGGACUUUGCAGCACAUAAGCAAAGCUUGUACGAUAACAUCUCUGAUUUAAUUAUUGGCUGUCAAGCGGUAGCUGGACCAUUGGGCGAUGAAUGGGCUGAAGUGCGGGGAGAGCCCUUGGAAGCACGGUUGAACAACGUUCGACAUUUUGCAAAACAGUUGGAGACCACUUCAUCACAUAUUGGAUUUGCCCUUCAGCUUCUGGGUGAACAAGUGCAGAUGAACGAUAGCAGAUCUCUCCCUAAUCUGGAAGAUAGUCGUCCCAGAGAUCGAACUCAGAGCAUUGCAUACCACCCCCCUCACCAACGGAGCGACUCCCGAGCACUGCGGCCUGGCUUGACAGGAGGGCAAUCUUUCAGUGGUAAUGGUUCAAAGAUCAACAAGUUCUUUGGCGAGGUUCCUCGGGAGGCUCGAGGAAGCAUCUCUGAUGAGCCUCCAGACUGUCUCAAACUUGAUCACGAGCAAGACAUCUCUUACGAUACCAAAACUGACCCACCUCAACUGAAGGGUGGGACCCUGAUAGCAUUAGUUGAACAAUUGACCAGGCACGACAAACUUGAUUCAAGCUUUAACAACACUUUCCUCUUGACCUAUAGGUCAUUUACCACCGCACGAGAACUUUUUGAAGUUUUAGUUCAGCGAUUCCAGAUUCAGCCACCAGAAGGCAUGCCUCCAGGGGAUUAUGAGAUUUGGAGGGAUCGUAAGCAGAAGCCGAUAAGAUUUCGUGUGGUCAAUAUUCUGAAGAGUUGGUUUGAUAACUUUUGGAUGGAAGACCAAAGCGACGAGACCAAAGCUCUAAUACGUGAUGUUUACGCAUUUGCUAAAGACACUGUCAAGACAACUGAAACUCCUGGAUCAGGACCACUGAUGACUGUGUUGGAACAACGUUUACGAGGACAGGAUCCAACGGCAAAGAGAUUAGUCCUGACGCUGAGUCAAGCUACGCCACAGCCAAUCAUGCCCAAAAAUAUGAAGAAGCUCAAGUUUUUGGACAUUGAUGUUACUGAGUUUGCCCGCCAAUUGACGGUGGUCGAGUCUAAAUUAUAUGGCAAGAUAAAGCCUACAGAAUGUUUGAACAAGACGUGGCAAAAGAAAGUUGGGGAAGGAGCGCCAGAACCCGCUCCUAAUGUCAAGCUCUUAAUUCUUCAUUCCAAUCAAUUGACAAAUUGGGUUGCGGAGAUGAUUCUAACACAACUGGAUGUCAAGAGGCGUGUAGCGGUGAUCAAGCACUUUGUUCAGGUAGCCGACGUGAGUUUGAUCUUGAUGUCCUUCCUUGCAAAACUCUAAACUUUACAGAAAUGUCGUCAACUAAAUAAUUACUCCACCCUCACAUCCAUCAUAUCUGCCUUGGGAACAGCACCAAUCCAUCGUCUCAAGCGUACUUGGGAUCAGGUGCCUGCCAGGACUCUGACUGUACUUGAAUCUAUGCGUAGGCUUAUGGGCAGCACCAAAAACUUUGGUGAAUACAGAGAGAGCUUGCAUCUCGCCAAUCCACCCUGCAUACCCUUCUUUGGUCAGUUGAUAACAUCGAUUCAAAUUAACAAAUACUUACCCAUCUAGGUGUUUAUCUUACGGAUCUGACAUUCAUCGAAGAUGGUAUUCCAUCCAUCAUCAAGAAAACCACACUAAUAAACUUUGCAAAGCGUGCCAAGACUGCUGAAGUCAUUCGCGAUAUUCAACAGUAUCAGAAUGUGCCUUAUCCACUUCAGUCAGUAUCUGAACUUCAAGACUAUAUUUUGAGCAAUAUGCAAGCGGCAGGUGACGUGCAUGAAAUGUACGAGAAGAGUUUGGCGGUAGAACCCCGUGAGCGGGAGGAUGAAAAGAUAGUGAGGUAUGUCAGAUUGCAGCCAGCCGCAUAUUAUAGCAAUCUCAUGCUUUGAGAUUUGCUGGCAAAAUUGAAAUGCUUGCAAGCUAUCCCUGAACCAAGAAACGUGCUUACACAAAAUCCUCGGAUAAUAGGGUAUUGGCUGAAUCUGGAUUCCUAUGAUCCAAAGAUACGGUCACCUUCAUCACCACGCCAGCCUUAUGCUACAGGCCACGCACGAUCUUUUGACCUCUUACCCGCACAGGCGGCACAUCUUAAUGGCUGUACGAUACCCAUAUUCCCGCAACCUUAUGCAGAUUCGCUAUAUGCACACGAAAGCUGGAUCCGUUUUUUUAGUAUUGCAACCUCAUCACACCAUCUUUCCUCGAUACCCCAGCAUGUUUCUCUUAAGUUGAAAUCCUACAGAUUUCACCAACUUGGGAAUUUUGGCUUCUGCUCGUUGAAAUCAGCCGCCAGCGCAACCAAUCAUAGACGGCAUUGUUCAGUUUUUGCGAUAAUUUUCUCACUACUUUCUUCACCGGCACAUUCCCGUUUUACUAAGUUUUUUUCUCUUUUUUCUCUGCGUCACGCACAGAGCUAUACAAAUAUUCACCUCCACAGGGGGAUUGGGCAGGGCGUUUUGAUGGCCAGUUUUGGUCGACAUCUAUGGAUUUUUAUAUUUUUUUCGACUCUUGUCUUUUCUUCUACUCUUUUUUCUUCUUUUCAAGCGAAAUUCGGACAAACGAGGUACGAUUAAAUCUGGCUUCACGUUCACAAACGAGUUUGCAAUAUAUGGAGGGUCCUGAAGUCCUGUCUGUGGCUGGGAAUUAAAAGGGAGGAUGUGUGGGGU